AUGUCCGAGCAGCACUCCCACUCUCAUUCUCACGACCAUUCACACGCUCACGACCACUCCCAUUCCCACCCUCACUCUGUACCAGCUCAUCUUUUCCAGGCGACCUCCUCCAGCGACCAACCGCCGGACGGAUGGAGAGAAAGCGGCGUCCGGGUCAUUCCUGGCGACAGCCUUGACGCUAACACGGCGCAGACACCGGGGAUGAACCGCGCCGCCGCCAUCACCACCGCACGCGUUGGGGCGCAGAAACUGUGGGCAGGGACCGUCAAGAUCCACCCGAACGCCAAAACCGGCGCCCACCACCACGGCCACCUGGAAAGCGUCAUCUACGUGGUCAAGGGCAAGGCACGCAUGCGAUGGGGAGACAGCUUGGAAUUUACCGCCGAGGCUGGACCAGGGGAUUUCAUCUACGUGCCCCCGUACGUGCCGCACCAAGAGAUCAACGCGAAGGAGGACGAAGAGCUGGAGUGUGUGCUGAUGAGAAGCGACGGCGAGGCCAUUGCGGUGAACCUCCCUGAUGUCGUGCCGGUGGAGAACCCAGAAGGAGUGAAAUGGAUUGACCCUACGCACCCGACAGGAGGCGUGUGA